AUGAAGGCUGAACUGCAGGAAAAGUCAGCUAUCAUAACAGGGCUGCAAAAAGACAACCAAACGUUGCAAUCAAGUGUCAAAGCUUUGUCCCAAAGACUCAAUCUGGCGGAGCAGAAUAUGAGAGACUCGAAUUUGGAAAUAAAUGGCGUUCCAGAACAUAAGACGGAAAAUCUGCCAACCAUUUUAACCCAAAUAGCAAAAACCGUUGACUGCCAUAUUGGAGAUAAAGAUAUUCAUCAUGUAAAACGAGUUGCUAAGCUAAACAAGAACGGUGACCGGCCUCAGAUGGUUAUUGCUAAGCUCCGCAGCCCC